AUAAGAGUAUUUGCCGGGUGCAUUAUAUAUUUAUUACGGUUAAAGAUUUUUUUUCGUUGCUAAAAACAAUCAAUAUGUGUGCUUAAAUGUCAUUUAUUGCAAAUAUUGCGGCGGUAACAGCAAAUUAGGAUUGUACAACAAGAUAUUUCAACAGAGCUUUGUUGGCCUGGUACGCUCAUUACAAUGAAAUGGAAUUGCACUAAGUUUAUGAACGCUAAGUAUUUAUCAAAAUCAGAACUCAUUGCAUUUUACAAAAAACGAUGUCAAUUAAGAAAAUGUUUUUAUGGUACAAAAUGCUUGUCUCGUACUGAAUGGAAAGCAGUGAGAAAUUAUAGACAAAUAAUUGCACGGGACAUCUGUGAGGCAUAUUCGAGCCAUUUGUACACCAGUGUGAACGACGGUUCUCACGUAAUGCUAAAUAAAAGAACACUUGACAGAGGGGAUAUGUAACUUUUCCAGACAUUUCUGAAUUCAAAAUCUGUAGUACGGGGCUAACAAAACAAGUGCAAUAUUCUUUUUUUAUUAAUAAAAUGAAUUAAAUAAUAAAACAACUAUUUACAAGCAUAACUUAAAUUGACUAUAUAUCAUCAUGGCUGCUUUCCAUCGUCCUGGAAACGAAUUUCCACAACAGGUUUCCGCUGACCAAGCAAGUGAAGACAGGAGUGAAAUUGCCUUUUCAAACGGAGCCUCGUUUCCAAGUCAUGUAAACGGAUAUUCCAUGAACUCUGAGACUUAUUAUGUCAGGGAUGGAUUUUCAAACCCGCCUGAAAGAGACCCAGCUAGGUUACCAUCUCCACAUUAUGGAGUGACCGGAGCUACCCUAGGACUAACGCACCAAGCCAGACAUCCUAUGUAUGCUGAUUACGGUGAAAGACUUAGAUCAUUUGCUAGAUGGACUCGAACAAACCCUGAUCCAGUUUGUCUUUGCGAUGCAGGAUUCUUCUUUACAAAUGAAGGGGAUCUAGUGCGAUGUUUCAGUUGUGGGAUAGGCUUAAAGGACUUUACAGAUCGUGAUGAUCCUUUGCGGGAACACGUCAGACAUUCUGGAAAUUGUCUGUACCUCCUUGAACAUCUUGGAACAGAAACAUUAGCUUCCAUAAAGGCUAGCUGUCAGGAACAACAAAGAAUUCAAGGAAGUGUUGAAGAUCUUGUACGAUGCUUCAGUUGUGAUGGAGGGUUAAAGCGCUGGGAUGCUGAAGACGUCCCGUGGACUGAGCAUUGUCGUUGGUUCCCUACAUGCCCAUAUGCAAGGGAAAGAAAAGGCGAGGACUUUAUAGCUCUUGUCUUAGCUUCUUCAGCGUAUAAUCAGGAGGGACCAACGAAUAAUGAAGAAAGUGUUGGUAGUGAGGAUCUUCAAGGAGCAAUGGAUCAGAUGACACUUAGAGAUCCUGUAUUAAGAGCUGCGCUAGAGGAACACAAAACCACGUGUCUAGAAAUGGGAUAUGACAUUGCUGACGUAAAUGAAGCUGUGGAUGAUUUAAGGAAUAUGGGAACUAUCACACCAACUAUUGAAGAGUUGAUUGACAUGGUAGAAGUUGUUAAAGAAAGGAAACAAAGUAAGGAGAUAGCUCGCCAAUUGGAGAAGCGUCAACAAGAAACACCUCUUGAAGAAAACCAAAGACUUAAAAGCUUUGUCACCUGCAUGACAUGUGGUAAAAACAAUGUUAAUUGUUUAUUCCUCCCGUGCACGCAUCACAGAGUAUGCAUGGAGUGCGCUUCACUUUUCACUCAGUGUCCUGUGUGUGACAGACAGAUUCGACAGAAGAUACGGACGUACUUAGUGUAAGGCAAACACUGUGUCAGAACAAUUUCUAGGGUAAUACAAAUACCGUGUCAGAACAAGUUCUAGUGUAAGACAAAUACUAUGUCACGACAAUUUCUACUGUAAUUUAGAUUUGAAGUGCAUCACACAGUCCAGAAAUUGCACUGACAGCUUGUUGCAUAUCAUGCAAUGUAAACAUGUAGUGCAAAACGGUUAUUCUAAGACUCUUCCAGGGAUAUACACAAAAGAGCAAUAUUGAAUCAUGACGAUAAUUGGAGGUAUACAAUCAUUGUCAAUGUUGAAAUGGAUUCUUUGUGUCGAAAGUGAUUCUAAAAUCAGAUCAUUGCUCAAGAUUUCUUCCUAGAGGCUUUGGUGCAUCAAUAAGUAGUAACUAUUGAAAUGAAUCAUAUUUGGUUUAUACAGAAAUUAUUUUAGUUGUGUAGGGAGCUGUCAGUUGAUUGAAAAGUUUCUUGCUCAACGGUUUGCAUAUGACCGAUUUUGAACCCCCAUGCGACUUGCGAUCCUUAGAAGCGUUAUCCAAUCGGCUAUGCCGCAACUCAUAAAUCAUAUUAAUUUUUAUGUUUUAAGUUUACCAAAUUUUCAUUUGAAUUACACUGCUUAAUAUGAGUUGAUUUGUAUUGUAUAUACUCAGUAUUCUAUAUAGUGGUUUUAAAAUUCAUAUUGUAUAUACAUGUAUAUCAGUUGGGAGGCGUAUAACUUUAAGCUUGUCAUUUGUCUUUUUUUUUCAUAAUACAGGCUUUACCUAAGCUCAAAGAUGAGCACAGUAUAUCUUCAGAUAAACAACUUGUUGCAAAUCUUUUCAUACAACAACAAGUAACCAUACACAUACAAACGUUUAGAAUUACCUUACAUGUUUGGUGUUACUCUUUAUAUUUUGUUUCGAUGAAGAGUGACAUGUACAUGGCAUUUUUUUCAUUCUGAGAAAAACAUGCCACACGUGCUAAGGGACUGUUAUCAUAUCAGGUAUUUGCAGCUUACAGUUCCCUUUAAUUACUGAUACGCAUUACUUUGCUGCUGCUGAUGUUAAUACUUUCAUCAUCAUUUUACAACUUGUAACCAUACAAAAACAAACGAUUAAAUUAACAUUGCAUGUUUGGUGUGACUCUUUAUAUUUUGUUUCGAUGAAGGGCAAUUAUUUCAUUCUGAGUUAAACAUGCCACAUAUGCUGAGUGAUGUUUAUGAUAUUGGUGUUGUUAUUUUAUAGUAGUAAUUUGCAUGUACAUGAACAUAUCAUUAUUGCUAGCAUUUGUUAUUCAACUUUUAUGUUUGUCGCCAGUUAACAGGGGUCUUUUUAUUGCAGUUAUUGUUAUUUUUAAAAUAAUUCUUGAAUAUUUCAAUAGUAGUAGCAAUUGACAUGUGAGAUCAUUUUCGAUGCAUAACAUGAUGUUAAUACGUUCAUGAUCAUUGUAAUAUACACUUACUCAUUACAAAUAAUUUAACUGCUAUAUCCGUUGGAAAAGUAUUACUGAGUGCUCUGUCUGGGUCAUUGUAAGGACUUAUGAUGAUAAAGGAUAACAAGUCCUUACAAUAUCGUUAAUAUAGACACAAUUCAUCAUGUUUGUAUAUCUAAAUAAUGUAAAAAUAGUUAUUAUUAUUAUUAGAAAUCCCUCCAUCACUGGCAAUAUAUGUAUCCUAUGUAUCUAUGUAUAUAUGUUUUGUUUAUAUAUGUUUAUAUGUAAAUAAGUUAAGUGCACCAAUUAAUAAGAAACAUGUCUAAUGAUAUUUUACGUAUCUUUAUAAAGAAGUCAUUAAGUUUAAAAUCUUUGUUUGAGUCUGAAGGCAGUGUUCCAUAUUCCAAUGUUCAAAUAUGCCGCCAUGAACAGAAUAUGAAAAUGGUUAAACUAUUAUUUAUGAAAAUGGUUAAACUUUAAUUUAUCUAGAUCUUUAGAUCUUAUGUAAAAGAUUUUUUAUCAGUUUUCAUAAAAUUGAUAGGGUUAUGAUAGAUUUUUAAUGAUAUAUUUAAAAUGACUCCUAUAUUGCGGCCAGGGGAGACAUAAGUGUAAUGUGCAAAGCGUUUAAAUGCAAUGAGUUGCUGCUGAGGUCUUCCUGCACUACUUAAUCUAGAAAGUCGCCAUUUAUACAUUAUUUUAAUUACUGAAACGUAUAUAAUUAUACUUGUAAUCUAUAAUACUAACUACAUUAAUGCCGUUUCCGUCUUUUAAUUGAAAUGUUGUUGAACAUAUUGUAAAAUGUCAAGGGAUUUUAAUCAAUACUUACUAACGUAUAUACAUGUAUUAUUAUGUAUAUAGGCAGCAUCAACGGUAAAAGUAGCUAUACAUAGAUUGCUGCUCGGGUAAUAAAAUGAAUGUGUCACAAUAUUCAUAUAUGUAUACAUUGCAAAUAAUUCAAUUAAAUGUACUAUAUCCGCAGUGAAAGUAUUACUUAGUGUUCUUAAGAACUUACUAUGUUAAAGGGAAACAGUCCUUACAGUUUCGGUUAUAUAUACACAAUUCAUCCUAUAUGUAUACUAUUUUACCUCGUAAACAACCAUCAAAAUAAAGUUAUUAAAUUUAUUGUACAAGCAUAUCUGUUAAGGAGAGACUUAUUAUAUCAUAGAUCAAUACAUGAUUAAUUAAUUAUUGAUAAUUGUAUGUCAUAUCGUAAAAUUGAACUGUCCGUAAAUGCAUAACAUGUAUUGAUAUGAAUUUACUAUUAUGUAAAUAACGUGUUAAAAACUAUAUCACGUGCUCAGAUUAUGAUCUUUUGUUAAAGUGAAUUAAAGGUCCUAUGGGCCGGGCGUUCAUCUUUGUGUAUUUUUGUGUAUGUAUAUACGUAUAACACAUGUCACUUUAAUAAAGAAUUUGCUUACUUACUUACUGUAUAUUUAAACAAUGUAAAAAUAGUUAUCUUUAGAAAUCCCUCCAAUACUGCCAAUAUAUGUAUUUUCUAUGUACACAUGUUUUUGUAUGUAUGUUUAUAUGUAAUUGAGUUAAGUGUACCAUGUAAUAAGAAACAUAUUUUACUUAAAAAAAAACAUUAAAUGUUUAAUCUUUGAUUGAGUCUGGUAAAUGAACUUAAUAAUAUGGUGCAUAUUCCCAUGUUCCAAUAUGUUCCAUGAACAAAAUAUGAAAAUGGUUAAAAUAAAAUUUAUCUAUUUUAAAUCUUAAGAUCAUAUGUAAAAGGUUUUUAUCAGUUUUCUUGGAAAUGAUUG